UGUUUGGAGUCGCGCGGCUUUUAACGGUGAAAGCAGGUGGUUGAUGUGGGAGCGAGUUUCCUCGCUUGCGUAAAGCUUUGUUAUAACAGAUAAAGCCAUGAACAUCGAGGAGGUGAAAAGCACAACAAAGACUCAGCGCAUUGCGGCUCACAGCCAUGUGAAAGGACUCGGACUGGACGAAGCCGGCUAUGCUAAGCAGACUGCAUCUGGUCUUGUGGGCCAGGAAGCCGCCAGAGAGGCCUGUGGCAUUAUUGUUGACAUGAUUCGUUUGAAAAAGAUGGCUGGCCGUGCGAUCUUACUGGCAGGACCACCAGGAACUGGAAAGACUGCUUUAGCAAUGGCCAUGGCACAGGAGUUGGGGAAUAAGGUACCGUUCUGUCCCAUGGUGGGCAGUGAAGUGUAUUCAUCAGAGAUCAAGAAGACAGAGGUACUGAUGGAGAACUUCAGGAGAGCUAUAGGACUGAGAAUUAAAGAGACUAAGGAAGUGUAUGAAGGUGAGGUGACUGAGCUGACCCCAUCAGAAACAGAGAAUCCAAUGGGCGGUUAUGGCAAAACUAUCAGUCAUGUCAUCAUCGGCCUAAAGACAGCGAAGGGCACCAAACAGCUGAAACUCGAUCCUAGUAUCUAUGAGAGCCUGCAGAAGGAGAAAGUGGAGGUUGGUGAUGUCAUCUACAUUGAAGCAAACAGUGGAGCAGUAAAGAGACAAGGACGCUGUGACACAUUUGCAACAGAGUUUGAUUUAGAGGCUGAAGAAUACGUUCCAUUACCCAAAGGAGAUGUACACAAGAAGAAGGAGAUUAUACAAGAUGUCACAUUACACGACCUGGAUGUAGCCAAUGCACGUCCUCAGGGAGGUCAGGACAUUCUUUCUAUGAUGGGUCAACUAAUGAAACCCAGAAAGACUGAGAUCACCGAUAAGCUACGAGGGGAGAUUAACAAGGUGGUGAACAGGUACAUCGAUCAAGGUGUGGCAGAACUCGUACCUGGUGUCCUGUUCAUUGAUGAGGUUCACAUGCUGGAUAUUGAAUGUUUUACUUACCUGCACCGAGCUCUGGAGAGCUCAAUCUCCCCAAUAGUAGUGUUCGCAUCCAACCGAGGAAACUGUCUCAUCAGAGGGACAGAGAACAUUAACUCUCCUCACGGGAUACCUCAUGAUCUGUUGGAUCGAAUUAUGAUUAUAAGAACCAUGUUGUAUACUCCUCAAGAAAUGAAACAGAUUGUUAAGAUUCGAGCUCAGACCGAGAGCAUAAACAUCAGCGAGGAGGCUUUAACUCAUCUGGCAGAGAUCGGGACUAAGACCACCCUCAGGUAUGCUAUUCAGCUCUUAACUCCUGCCAAACUGCUAGCACAAGUUCAGGGAAAAGCAGUUAUUGAAAGAGAACAUGUGGAAGAAACUAACGAGCUCUUCUAUGAUGCCAAGGCUUCGGCAAAGAUCCUUCAGGACCAGCACACCAAGUUCAUGAAGUAACUUAAUCCCGCUCAGCUCUCAAUGGUUUUCUGUUUCACUUCUCACAGUUCAGCUCAGCUCUUAAACUGUUCUGGGAGAAUGAUGUGCAGCAUGGCAAAACCUUUAGUAAAUUAAUUUUACUGAAAUAAAUAAAUAUAUGUUUUUUACUGUUAAUAAAGAAAGAAAAUUGUUCUCAUAGUGAGUUUUUCCUGGAUUUUUCCUGAUUUUUUUUUCUUUUUGUAGAUUUAUUUUUAAGAACUGUUAAUGCUUUUGUUUUCUAGAAAAUACAUUUUAAUUAUUAAAUAAUGACUUUCCUCCAUUCUUAUUUUUUAUUUUAUGGUACUACACCUCACCUGGUUUAGUAUUUAACCACAACGUAAGAAAUUCUUGCAUGUUUAGUUAGAAUAGUACAAGGACAUAGUACAGUUUUGCCCUCCUUUCCCUCUUCCUGUAGCUGUAGGAAACAAAAAACAAAAAUGGUACACUUCUACUGCUGCUGAUGAUCAUUCUGUAUCUUUAAUAAAAUCCUUUUCAAAUACCUAAAACAUGUUCAGGAUCUAACUGGUGCUCCCUUUAAGUUGAUGUUGAUGUUUCUUUCCCUACCUUCCUGAUGAUCCAGUUGGUGCAGUAAAUCUGGCAUAUAACGUCUUGCAGGAAGAAUAAGCAUAAAUUGAUCUGUCCAUUCAUCUGUGAAGGUUCAGUUUUCAUAAACUACUUGCCUUUUUUGGAGUAAGACAAGCUGUGUCACACUUUCGUUUCUGUUUCAUAUGAAUUGUGGCAGCUUGUAAGAGCAAUACUGCCGUUUCUGUCUUCCACAUGUUCUGUCCAUAUAGGCAAACUAUUACGUUAAUUGGCUGCAGUGAGUGAUGAGUAUAUAGCCACACCCAGAUUAACGGGAAAAAGCUCUAUUUUGCUCCAAGACUGGUUUCUGGUUCUUAAAUGUAUGAAACAUAAAAAUAUCAUUAAAAGAGCAAGUUAUGACCAAUGUACAGAUAAAACCUUUUUUUAUGACUUUUGAUUUACAUGGCUGUAAAAAGUUUAUUUUGAAGAGCUCCUGAA